AUGUCUAGUAAUCUGCUUCUCACUUAUCCUAAUUUUGAGGAACCGUUUAUUCUGACAACGGAUGCCUCAAAUGUCGCUAUUGGUGCCGUCCUAUCCCAACUUGUGAACGGAGUUGAACGACCUAUAGCGCUACUCUUGCUGACGAAAGGACAGGCGGACAUAUAUAUACACGACAUAAGGCGAAAUCCCAUUGUGAUACUUCCUAUAGGAACAGCCAGAAUUUGCAACAGCUAUCUGAGAAUUAUACACCCAAUCGAUCUAGAUCCAAUAGAACUAACCAUCAACGAUCUCUAUUUAAAAGCUCAAGAAAAAAUUGUUAACGAUAAAGUUCUUAAUCCCAUUAUAAGAUCAAAAAUUGAAAAAUUAUCCCUAUCAUUCAGAAAGAUUAAAAUCGUAGAAAAACGAGUAAAGCGAUGGGACAGCUUAGGAACAGGAUGGAAGUAUAUUUCAGGAAGCCCAGACGCUGACGACUUAAGACUAGUGAACGCGACAAUUAAUACAAUAAUCGAUCAGGAAAAUAAUCAGAUUAAAAUUAACUCUGGACUAGAUGUUAGGAUCAGGAAUAUUACAUAUAGCAUUAACUCACUCAUCUCGAGAUACAACGAUCUUUCAUCGGACGUCAACGAAAGGUUUUCAUCUAUAAACCUACUGCUCAAUAUCGACGAACUUACUCAGCAGAUAGAGACUAUAGGAGAAGCCAUAACCUUGGCUCGUUGGAACAUCCCUAGCAGUCGCCUGAUUAGCCUAAAAGAAUUGACCGUCGCUCAAACUAUGUUGAAAGAACAAGGAUUAGACAUAGCCACAGCGGAGAGCGUACUAGAGAUUGCACGAGCAUAUGUUAUAACAACUAAGAAUUCUGUAAGGUAUAUCCUGAGAAUACCCAAGCUAACGAACGAAAUUUAUUCUCUCUACCAGAUCGAACCAACGAUAUCAAACGGAACCAGAAUUCAUUUAGAAGCAAACUAUUAUUUGAACGGAACAACGCCUUACUCUACAAGAUCAACAUGUGACCGGAAAAUAGACCAAUUCAUAUGUCAUUCUAAUCAGCUCGAACCACCAUCGAAAUGCAUCCAAAAAUUGAUGAGCGGUUCGUCAGCACAUUGCCCGAUGGAGAAAAUUUAUGGCCAUGCUUCAUUGGAUAUCUUUUGGCUCAAUUUCGGUGUCAACCCUCGUUGUGAUCGGAAUUACGCUAAGCUGUGUCGUCAAAAUACAAUCGACCAAGAAGGCAACUAUCGUUAUUCAACAAGGCAAUCAGGAGACGAACAACAAGGAUGA